AUGACUGAGAUAUAUCUAUAUUAUAAUAGUUAUAUGGUUAUAUGCUUAUAUAUAUCAUGGAUCUUUGUAUGUAUUUGUGCUGAUCAUUUGGGAAAGAAACUUCCACCAUUCUCUUCAUCAUCAUCUUCAUCAUUGGAAUUCAAUAAAAUUUUACAAACAUCUAAAGGUUUUGCUAAUGUAUUAACCGAUACAUAUCUGGAUCAAUUAGUUGAUAAAAUUUUAUCAAUUCGUCAAGAAUAUCCAAAUUUAUUAAAUAAUGAUAAAUCAUUGGAAACAAUUCAAUCAGCUCAUGAUAAAGUAGAAGAAACACUUCAAAAAAUUCAUCAUUUACUUCAUAAACAUUAUGAAGAAUAUGAAAAUAAAGAAAAUCGUUUGAAUAUCCCAAUUGAUGAAUCAAGUACACAUACUAUUGAUAUCGAUAAAAUGAAAGAAUCAUCUAAGAAAAUUCAACAAUUCCAUGAAAAAUUAUCUCAAUUAAUACCAGUCUAUAUGGACUUGAAACUACAAUCUUAUCAAUCAUUGAAUAAUAAAACUAUUGAACAAGAUACUACUACCACUACCGCUACUACUCAAUCUUUUGAAAACAUCCAUCAAGCUGUGAAUAAUUUAAAAAGAUUAUUAUUAGCUAAUGAAAAAUUAGAAAAUGGUUUACAACGUAUAUCACAAUAUACAUCUUUAUUGCCGGAUUUAUCAGAAAACUUGACUAUUCCAAUCUUAGGUGAAAUUCUCUCAUCGAACCAGUGUCCGUCAUCAACAUCAUCAUCAGCACCAAAAACAACAACAACAACCACAUCAUUCUCGUUAACAUCAUCAUCAUUACGUCCUGAUGAUCAAUUGUUGUAA